AUGAAUAGGAAUUAGUUACUAAUAUAUUUAUUUUCCUUAAUAAUAGAAACAGUAUAUUAUUAAUAUCAUCCAGUUCAACAUUGUAAAAUUUACUUAAAUUUCAGUCCAAUAUAUAAAUAUAUGAACCUUUUAAAUGAUCAAAUCUCUUAUUAAAAUUUAGAAUAAUAAACUGAAUAUUUCAAGUUCCUCAAUAGUUUAAAGGUUGAAGAGCAAUAUUUUCCAUAAAUUCAUAUUUAUUAUUAAUUAAUGUAAAGAGAAAAGCGUAUACCUUCUAGGGUUUGGCGAUACGAAGAAUACUCUCCUCCAAGACGACCUUCUUCAUCAAUCAAUCGAAGAUAAAGAAAGAGAGAAUUAUGCUAUUAUAAAAUACAAAAAAUAUCAUAAAAUUCUUAAUUUACUAAAGAAGAAGAUGAAAGCAUUCUUUAAUAUGUUAAAGAAUUAGGACCUAAAUUUGUUAAAAUUGCUACUUUCUUCCCUAGUAAGUCAUAUAGCAUGGUGAAAAACAGAUACUAUAAACAUUUAAGGAAUAAGCUGUUUGAAAGAAGAGGAAGUUAAGAAUUGAAUCCUAAUAAUUAAGACACUACUUAACAAUUUAAAAAUUCCAUGAUUUAACCUAGUAAUGAGAAAAUAGAAGAAUUGAAUUAACUUAUAUCUUCUAUAAACUUAUUUCCUGAAAUUACAGAAAUAACCAAAAGUUUUAUAGGUGAAUUGUCAAAGCAUUUGCUCUGA